AUGGCGGCGGCGAUGAAGACUCAAGCGAUCGAUCCAGAGGUUGAGGAGUUGAUUGCAGAGGCAAGGAAGGAGUCUGCGAUGGCCGGGGAGCGGGAGAGGAUAAAGAUGUUGGAGGAUGCGGCACAAGGGAGGACCAACGCCAUGGAUCCAAAGGAGGUGAGGAGGAAAACAAUGGAAGCGGAGGAGAUGAAGCAGCUCAAUACUUUGAAGAGGAAGGACGCACAAGUGACGGCAAACAAGCUGGAAGCAUCGGAGAUGUUCGACGAAAAGAGAGCCAAGUCGAUGGCGGGAGCAAAGGCGGUGAAAGCAAAGGAGGACAUGCGCAUUGACGAUAGCUACGACGAGGCCUGCAUGUAUCGCCAUGAAUGGGAGGAGCUGUGGGCUGGUACAUUUGGCUGCUUCGAGGACACUACGCUCAUCCCCUCGAUGCACUACACGGAUAAACCACCUGCUUCUGAACUCUCCGUCUGCUCCUACAUGCAUACUCUGAACGUCUUUUCAGUUAAACUUGCUGGAACAGAUGAUUCUCUACGGUGGCCAUUGCAUGUGUUCGGUAUCGUUGCUGCCCGGGACUAUUUGGAUCACAAUCGCAAUAUAAUAUUUCUUCGGGACAGGGAUAACUGCCAAAUCAUCCACCAGAAGGAUCCAUAUCUAGAACUAACAGGUCCUACACGUGGUGUUGUGGUGGUGGAUCCUACGGAGUUCGAGGUUAAAUUGAAAGUUAAGGGCUCUACUGAAUCUGAGGACAGGGAUUUAAGCUUUCUCAUUACACGGUACAAUUGUUACGACUCGGAGAAUCGUUCACGCGUGAUUAAUAGAGUUAUGACUAGCCUGCUUAGUACACUUGAGCUGACAUUUGGCCACAUUGUUCGCUCAGUGGAGGCCACAAUAAGUGUGAGAUUCAUAGGUGGGACAUGGCCAGAUGGUUUCCGAGGUGUAUUUACCGCAAGUACCGCCAGCAUACAUCACAUGAAGGUCACCCUGCUUGGUUUUCGAGAUGGUAAAUUACGUGUUGAUUCCUGUGGCAUGAUCGCGCUUUCACGAGACGUUGCUUGCGUUGAACUUGAUGGAAAGCUCAAAGUUUCUGUCGCGGCGCGAGGUGAAGACAAGGAAGCUGUUGGAGAGAGUGCUGAUAUGGUUUUCACGCCUAAGAAAGCUGGUAGAAGCUGCGGUAUCAUGAAGAUUGGGUCAUGCGAGAUGGAAGUAACUGUGGCCUGGUCUGUUUUCACGGGUUGCAUGUUUGCCCGUGAUCCCAGUGCAUGCCUAGCCGUCUAGGAUCCCUUCUAUCUGCCCUCUGAUUCUGAUUAGCUGAUGGAACUGCUUAUCUGUGUCAACUUUAUGUUGUUGUCCUAUUUUUUUAUAGGUAAAUGAUUCUCCCUGGCCGACUGGCCACGUUUUCCGCCGGUCGCUCGCCACACGCGACUUGAUGCGGCACUACACACCGCUUUUCCUUCCUUAUCUCUAGCGAGGGGGUCCUCAACCUCUCUCUCUCAAGCCGCAUCCAUCUCCCUUUUUGUCUUAGUGCAAUUUUUUUUUUGAAAGAUCCAGCUUGGCUGGCUUUGAUUGAUUUAGGAGAGAGCAUAUGGGAGACAAAGUUUGAUCAAGUGAUCAGGGUGAGAGAAAAAGAGAGGUACAUGAGCAAAGAGAUAUGAGGGACGUCUUCGGCCUCCAGCUCCCAGCUAAACUUUAAGAUGCUAUCUCGCACCUAAAUCCCCAAACGGGGGCUCAAUAGCUCUUGCUCCGGCUAGUCUUAGUGCAAAUCAUCUUGCGAUAAAAGCCCUCGACUCUCCUCUCCUCUCUCUCUCCACCCCUCUGGCUUGAGUAUCAUGUUUGCUACCGCCCAGACGCACAUCUCCUUCCUGGAGUGGCAGCGAGAUCGUUGGCGUCUCGCUACUCUAUUGUGGUUGUGGCGCAACGGACGCGUAAGACGGGCUCCUGUUUUUUGAGCUCCGGCAGUGGGCACCGCGUGCUGGGACGGUGGUGGUCGAGCGUUGUGACCGAUGGCGGGCCCUGAUGGUUGAUGUUGCUCUCCCACGUCCAUUGGCCUAGUCAGCGAGCUCACCACACUACCGUUGCAUGGCUUCAGCGGCGAAUGCUACAACUGUAUACCGCAGGAGGUACAACUAGUUUUCGGCGCUGCUACCAUCGUGCACACCGGUGCAGCAAUCGGCGACAUCGUCGUUGUCGACGAUUUGCUACACCUUGUACUGCAGAUGCUACAACCAAGUGCUCCAGAGCUACAACCAUUGGCGAAAUCUACGAUCGAUCACUGGCGAGGCUGGAAGCACGAGCACACGGAGUCACUGUCGGAGAAAUGUAUAGAUCAUAGGCUCCGGUGCGCAACUUUUGUGUAAACAUGAAGUUGGCAUCAUGGCUUAAAAGUCUGUUGAUUUUUGUAUUUUUUUGAUUGUUGUUGCUUUUUGUACUUGUGCAGCAACAGAGUAAAUUCUCAUCAAUUUUUUGACAUCAACAAAUUGUAGCUACCAUGUUUCGUAAAGUGAAUAGUUGACAUGGCAAAUUCGCCACGUUUUUGCUAUGAUUGUUUCUCAGACCAUGGUAAAUUGAUAUUCACUCUUUUAUAGAUCGUUUUGCCAUGUAUGUUCUCAAAAUUUUGCCAUGUACUCCCUCUGUAAACUAA